AUGGAUCCCAUGGAACUGAGCAAUGUCAACAUCGAACCUGAUGAUGAGAGCAUCAGUGGAGAAAGUAUUCAAGAUAGCUACACCGGGAUGGGAAAUUUAGAAAAGGCAGCAAUGAGCAGUCAAUUUACUAAUGAAGAUGCUGAAAGUCAGAAAUUUCUGACAAAUGGAUUUUUGGGGAAAAAGAAGCUGGCAGAUUAUGACGAUGAACAUCAUCCUGGAACCACCUCCUUUGGAAUGUCUUCAUUCAAUCUGAGUAAUGCCAUCAUGGGUAGUGGAAUCCUGGGCCUGUCCUAUGCUAUGGCCAACACAGGGAUCAUCCUUUUUAUAAUCAUGCUGCUUGCUGUGGCAAUCCUAUCUCUCUAUUCAGUUCAUCUUUUAUUAAAGACUGCAAAGGAAGGAGGAUCUUUAAUUUAUGAAAAACUAGGUGAAAAGGCAUUUGGAUGGCCUGGGAAAAUCGGAGCUUUUAUUUCCAUUACAAUGCAGAACAUUGGAGCCAUGUCCAGCUACCUCUUCAUUAUUAAAUACGAACUACCUGAAGUAAUCAGAGCGUUCAUGGGACUUGAAGAAAAUACUGGAGAAUGGUAUGUCAAUGGCAACUACCUCGUCAUAUUUGUGUCAGUUGGAAUCAUUCUUCCACUUUCUCUUCUUAAAAAUUUAGGUUACCUUGGUUAUACCAGCGGAUUUUCUCUUACCUGCAUGGUGUUUUUUGUCAGUGUGGUGAUUUACAAGAAAUUCCAAAUACCCUGCCCUCUGCCUGUUCUGGAUCACAAUGUUGGGAAUCUGACAUUCAACAAUACAGUUCCAAUGCAUGUGAUGAUGUCACCCAACAACUCCGAGAGUAGUGGUGUAAACUUCAUGAUGGAUUACACCCACCAGAAUCCUGCAGGGCUGGAUGACAACCAGGCCAAGGGCUCGAUUCAUGGCAGUGGAGUAGAGUAUGAAGCACACAGUGAUGACAAGUGUCAGCCCAAAUACUUUGUAUUCAACUCCCGGACGGCCUAUGCAAUUCCCAUCCUAGCAUUUGCUUUUGUAUGCCACCCUGAGGUCCUUCCCAUCUACAGUGAACUUAAAGAUCGGUCCCGGAGGAAGAUGCAAACAGUGUCAAAUGUUUCCAUCACAGGGAUGCUCGUCAUGUACCUGCUUGCUGCCCUCUUUGGUUACCUAACCUUUUAUGGAGAAGUUGAAGAUGAAUUGCUUCACGCUUACAGCAAAGUGUACACAUUUGACACCCCUCUCCUCAUGGUACGCCUGGCCGUCCUGGUGGCAGUAACACUAACUGUGCCCAUAGUGCUGUUCCCUAUUCGUACAUCAGUGACCACACUGUUAUUUCCCAAAAGACCCUUCAGCUGGAUAAGACAUUUCCUGAUUGCAGCCAUACUUAUUGCACUGGAUAAUGUUUUGGUCAUCCUGGUGCCAACUAUAAAAUACAUCUUUGGAUUCAUAGGGGCUUCUUCUGCCACUAUGCUGAUUUUCAUUCUUCCAGCAGUUUUUUAUCUUAAACUUGUCAAGAAAGAACCUCUAAGGUCACCCCAAAAGGUCGGGGCUUUAAUUUUCCUUGUGGUUGGAAUCAUCUUUAUGAUUGGAAGCAUGGCACUCAUUAUAAUUGACUGGAUUUACAAUCCCCCAAAUUCCAAGCAUCACUAA